AUGGCUGAAAAGAUUGAUAUUACUCCAAAGAAAGACGGAGGAGUGCUCAAACUUGUUAAGAAAGAAGGACAAGGGAUUGUGAAGCCGACGACCGGAACAACCGUCAAAGUUCACUAUGUAGGAUCUCUGGAAAACGGCACCAAAUUCGAUUCGAGCAGAGAUCGAGGAGACUUGUUCACCUUCAACUUGGGAAGAGGAAACGUUAUCAAAGGAUGGGAUAUCGGAGUGGCAACGAUGACCAAGGGGGAAGUCGCUGAGUUUACUAUCCGCUCCGAUUACGGAUACGGAAAUGCCGGAUCACCGCCCAAAAUCCCCGGAGGAUCCACGCUGUUGUUCGAAGUGGAGCUGUUCGAUUGGGCCGCCGAGGAUAUCUCUCCGGACAGAGACGGGAAUAUCCUUCGCACGGUCAUCGUGGAAGGAAGCAAGAAUUCGUAUCCCAGUGACACAAGUAAUGUAACCGGUAAGUCAGAAUUUGUAUGUACAUCUUUAAAAACGUCUAUUUAGCUCACAUUGUCGGAACUCACCAAGGCACCGAGUUUUACAAUCGCGAAGUGAGGUUCUCCAUAGGCGAGGGAUCUGAGGAGCAACUUCCGGAAGGAGUGGAGAGAGCGCUUCGCCGAUUUCAACUAGGAGAAAAGUCGAAAAUCGAGCUGAGGGGAAGCAAGUUCACUUACGGAAAUAGCCCUCCGCUAGGCUCAAACCUUCCGCCUAAUGCUCCCCUCGAAUUCACAAUCUUCCUCAAGGAGUUCGAGAAAGUUCCUGCGACUUGGGAGAUGACUGCUGAGGAGAAACUCGAUGCUGCCAAAAAAGCUAAAGAUCGUGGAACCGAAUUUCUGGCGAAAGGCAAUCUCAAGCUUGCCUACAACAAAUACAAGAGAGCCGAAGAAGUUUUGGAGUAUGAGAAAAGCACGGAUCCAGAACAGGUUGCGCAACGUGACGCUAUUUUGACUGGAGCCUACCUCAAUCUGAGUUUGGUGUGCUCGAAGCAGGACGAGCAGGUCGAGUGCAUCAAGUGGUGCGACAAGGUACUGGAAACAAAGCCGGAGAAUGUGAAGGCCCUCUACAGAAAAGCGAAUGCUCUGCUGACAAUGAACGAGAUUCGCGAUGCCAUGAAGCUUUUCGAAAAGAUUGUCUCAAUUGAGCCGGAAAACAAGGUAAAGUAAAACCUUUUUUUUUUUCAUCUGUUCGUUUCAGGCCGCUGCCCAACAGCUUCUCGUCUGCAAAUCUACACUUCGCGAGCAAAACGAGCGCGAUAAGAAGCGUUUCAAGAACCUCUUCGCCAAAAUCUCGGAGCCAGCUGAAGAACAAAAUACAACUGUCGCUGAAGACGAGGAUGAGAUCGUCGCCUCCACCUCGGGAAGCACCACUUCGAACGCUUAA